AUGGGCUCAGAGAACAGUGCUUUGAAGAGCUAUGCCCUGAAGGAGCCGCCGUUCACCUUGCCCUCCGGACUUGCCGUCUACCCAGCUGUGCUGCAGGAUGGCAAACUCGCGUCGGUUUUUGUCUAUAAGAGAGAAAACGAAGAUAAGGUUAAUAAAGCUGCCAAGCACCUGAAGACCCUUCGUCACCCAUGCUUGCUAAGGUUUUUAUCUUGCACUGUGGAAGCAGAUGGCAUUCAUCUCGUCACUGAGCGAGUGCAGCCUCUGGAAGUGGUUUUGGAAACAUUGUCUCCUGCAGAGGUCUGUGCUGGGAUCUAUGACAUAUUGCUGGCUCUUAUCUUCCUUCAUGACCGAGGACACCUCACACACAACAAUGUCUGCAUAUCGUCUGUGUUUGUGAGCGAAGAUGGACACUGGAAGCUGGGAGGAAUGGAAACAGUCUGCAGGGUUCCUCAGGCCACCCCAGAGUUUCUGAGGAGUAUUCGGUCAGUAAGAGACCCAGCAUCUAUUCCUCCUGAAGAGAUGUCUCCAGAAUUCACGACUCUACCAGCGUCCCAUGGACACGCCCGGGAUGCCUAUUCUUUUGGGACACUGGUGGAAAGUUUGCUCACAGUCUUAAGUGAACAGGUUUCAGAGGAUAUUCUCUCCAGCUUCCAGCAGACCUUGCACUCAGCCCUGCUGAGUCCCAGCCCGCAGUGCCGGCCGGCGCUCUGCACCCUCCUCUGCCAUGACUUCUUCAGGAAUGAUUUUCUAGAAGUUGUAAAUUUUUUGAAAAGUUUAACAUUGAAGAGCGAAGAGGAAAAAACUGAAUUUUUCAAAUUCCUGCUGGACAGAGUCAGCUGCCUGUCAGAGGAAUUAAUAGCCUCACGGUUGGUGCCUCUUCUGCUUAACCAGCUGGUGUUUGCAGAGCCAGUAGCUGUUAAGAGUUUUCUUCCUUAUCUCCUCGGCCCUAAAAAAGACAACACGCAGGGAGAAACGCCCUGCCUGCUCUCGCCGGCCCUGUUCCAGGCGCGGGUGAUCCCGGUGCUGCUGCGGCUCUUCGAGGUGCACGAGGAGCACGUGCGGGUGGUGCUGCUGUCCCACCUGGAGGCAUACGUGGGGCACUUCACGCAGGAGCAGCUGAAGAAGGUCGUCCUGCCCCAGGUUUUACUGGGCCUGCGUGAUACCAGCGACUCCAUCGUGGCCAUUACUCUUCACAGCCUGGCAGUGUUGGUCUCGCUACUUGGACCAGAGGUGGUUGUGGGAGGAGAGAGAACCAAGAUCUUCAAACGCACUGCCCCAAGCUUUACUAAAACUGUGGACCUUUCCCCAGAAGAUUCUCCUGUGCAUGUCACCUGCAGCCAGCGCAGUCAGAGCUUGCCAGUCUUGAAGAACCCCUCCCCUGGCAUGUUCCCUAAAUGUUUUUCUGACAAUGUGCCCAUCGACAGCAAGAAGCACAUACCACAAGAUUACUACAGUACUCUUCUACAGACAGGCGAUCAAUUUUCUCAGCCUAUCAAAUUUCCCAUCAAUGGCAUCUCCAAUGUGAAAAUUACCUCAGGAGACAGUGGAAAGUUCCCAUCAAGUUCUAAAAAGUCUGAGGAGUGGCCUGACUGGAGUGAGCCUGAGGAGCCUGAGAACAAAACUGUCAACAUAGAGGUUUGUCCGGCAGAUCCCCACGCAGCUGCCCAGUCCCCGCUCACUAACCUGAAUGCGGAGGAGGAGCCUUGGGAUGACUUUGAGCCCGGCAGCUUAGAUACCGAAGUAAAUCUGGAAGGUGUAAUGAUGGCCACAAGACCUGUUACCUCAGGGGAGCAAAAGGCCACUCCUGCUUUGCCUUCGAAAUCAAGCCUACCCCAAAAGACCAGUCUUAUACAAAGCAGGGAUGACCCAGACCAAACCAAGCCACCGAAAGUGUUGUCACAAGAAAGGCGCCUUAAAGUUCCAUCAGAACUGGGUUUAGGAGAGGAGUUUACCAUUCAGGUAAAAAAGAAGCCAGUAAAAGACCCAGAGUUGGACUGGUUUGCUGAUAUGAUCCCAGAAAUUAAGCCUUCAGCUGCUAUUCUUAUUUUGCCUGAACUGAGGACAGAAACAGUGGUUCCCAACAAGGAUAAUGUCUCACCAGUGAUGCACUUUUCCUCAAAAUUUGCUGCAGCAGAAAUUACUGAGGGAGAGUCUGCAGGCUGGGGGGAAGAUGGUGAGCUGAACUGGGACGAUAACAGCUGGUGA